CUCAAUUGUUGCCAACACAAGACCACCAACAACACUUCCUGUUAGAGAGAGAGGGAAAGAGAGCCAUGGAUGGAAUGCAUGAUCAUGGCAUGGGUGAUAUGGGUAUGGGUAUGGGUAUGGAUAUGGGUGCACCACCACCGAUGGGUCACUUUAUGCCGCCGCACCAGCACAUGAUGAUGCGCAUGACCUUCUUUUGGGGGAAGAAUGUCGAGGUACUGUUCAAAGGAUGGCCUGGACACAGUUCUAACAUGUACGCUGUGUCCUUGAUAGUCGUCUUUUUUUUGGGUAUUAUUGUCGAGUGGCUCUCUCACUGCCAGUUAAUCAAGGCCGGUACGAACCAUGUCGCGGCCGGGUUGGUUCAGACCGUGAUGCACGCUUUGAGGGUUGGUGUUUCUCUGCUGCUGAUGUUGGCUGUCAUGUCUUUCAAUGGUGGUGUGUUCUUAGCCGCCGUGGUCGGUCAUACUGUGGGGUUCUUGCUUUUUGGGAGUGGGAUUUUCAAGAAAUCAGACACUACUCCUCCUCACAAAACUUUUCAGUCCGAUCUUCCUCCAAUGACUUGUUAAUUGAUGAAUAAUCCAUCUCUGGAAAUAAUCAACUUUUCAUAUGUCAUACAUGCUUAAUCAAAUAUUUAUGUUUUGGGUGCUAAUUAUGAUGUUCAUGUCGUAAAAGUAAAAAGUUCCUAUUUGGUUUGAAAAUUUCUUUA